CAGCAUCUGGACCACCAGGAUCAUGUGUUUGUUGUGCAGCUGAGGGUUUGAUUUCUCGACAGUCGCAGAUGGGGACAGGUCAAUAUGCCUGCUUUUUGUAAGAGAUAAAGUGAAGUGGGACAGACGUGAAAAUGAAGAUCUCCUCUGCAGUGAUACCACCUAUGAAAUGUAUCCUUACAGAUAUGCUUGGGCUUCGAACAAUGGAGUACUAUUACAAGCCCAGACUCAAACAUGCCUUUCAGCGAUCCACGUGGGGAAUGGCUAACUUUAAGAUGUAAACCUAUGGGUGAUUAAUGGCCAACUGUCACAUGGAACAUGAGGGGAGGGUCUAAAGGCCUCUAAAGAGAAAGUGGUUAUAAACAUGAACGUGCCCAGAGAUUACUCUUAUCCAGUUAUCUGGAUCAACUGAGUGACGAGUGCCAUGGAAAAGCUAGAAGAAAGCACAUAUUUAUUGAGCGGAAGAAAAGGAGGGUUUGCACAGAAUGGAGAAAAGCACAUUCCCGUUUGGCAGCACAGAGCAGGCGGAGAAAGGAGAGUCAGCUGUUCAAGGAGUUAACUGCUCUUCUGCCUCUGGACCCCAGUACGGAUGGUCAGCGAGACAAAGCUUCAGUCAUACGUCUCACAGUCGCUUACCUGCACCUGAGGGAUCUUAUGAACACCUGUGCACUGUCCAUGAUGACUCAGUCAUCUCCUCCUUCACCAGGAGUAUCGGCUAAAUCUCAUGAAAGGGAGUUGCUAGAUUCUGCCUUCGGAGGGUUUGUGGUUUUGUUGUCUUUGAAUGGCAAGGUCAUCUUCACCACUAAGGGCAUAACUACACACACUGGAAUUAACCAGAUGGAUUUGAUCGGAAGGAGUUUGUUGGAGUUCUUGCAUCCAUGUGAUCAGAUGGAGGUCAAAGACCUUCUCACGAGACUGAUCGGCAACCGAGGACAGCAAGAAUGUGAGGUGUUCCUCCGCAUUAAAAGUGUGAUGAACCAGAAGCUGACUCCUUGGAAAAUUAUUCAGUGUACUGGAAAGAAAAAGUCAUCUUCCACACCUGGAUCCAGUUGUCUAGUCCUUCAGUGCAGGGUUCUGCCCAUGCAAGACGUCACUGAACUGAAUGCAGCACUGAAUAUAAGUACAUUCAUGAGCGUACACAGCCCAGACAUGAAGUUCACCUACUGCCACUCAAGGGUUGUGAAGUUGACUGGCUUUCAUAACACAGAGCUGUUGGGCCAAUCUGUGUACCAGUACUAUCAUCCAUCUGACUGCCAGAAAAUCCACAGGGCACACGUUUACUUGUUUUCCAAGGGUCAGGUGUCGACUGGUAAAUAUCGGCUGCUGCACGGACAUGGUGGCUAUGUGUGGGCAGAAACAGACGCAUCAUUGGUGUGCAACAGUCGUACUGGUGUGCCAGAGAGUGUCGUCUGCAUCAAUUACAUUCUUAGUGGAGUGGAGCAGCCCGAUUUGACAUAUUUGCUGAAGCAGACAGAACAACUUCUGAAACCACAUGACUUCCUUCUCAAAGAAUCCAAUCCUGCCGCUUUUCCACUUGUCACCAAAUCAGAUGAGUGCAACAGUCCUACAAGAGCUUUAAACCAAAGAGUUUUUUUCUCAGAAAGUGACAUGCAGGAAGUUCAUGACUGUACAGAGAUCACACAUAACACAGAAGAGUGCUGCAAUUUCAAUUGUGAUCUGUGUGAGUUAGACUUGGACAGUCUGGCUCCAUACAUUCCAAUGCACGGAGAAGACUUCUUGCUAACUCCCGUUUUCGAGGGGACAGAGGACAGCGCUGAACUAAAUAUGUGUGGAUCAUCGUUCAAUAGUCCACAUCAAAAACUGGACCCUCGGCUGCAAAAUUCAGAGGGAACAGUCUUUCAUCCUUUAAAGAGACUUACACAUACCAAACAAAGUGUCAGUCAUUAUUUUUUCACAAACAGAAACAACGAUACUGACCUGAUAUCAACACAGCAGUGGAAUGAGAGUCUAGAUCCUGUGAACAGAAACUCAAAGGGUGAGACAUAUCUUUGGAGGGAGGAUGCACUUAAAGUUUUGCAACGUCCCAACAGAACACACUGGACUUUUGAUGGAUCAACACCAAGGCCAUAUGGCGGAGACCCAAAUACUCUUGGAAUUAAGUUCAGAUCGCUUCCAGAGAAUCCCAGGUGUCAUCCUCAGAACAGAAGAUACCGUGCUGAUGUAAAAGCGCUCCCAGCACCAUUGACUCUGCCUGUGCUGAGCGGCUGGGAAUGUGAGGUCAAUGCGCCUCUUGACCCCACAUCAUAUUUGCUCCAAGGGACAGAAAUUAUAGCUGUUUUGGACCAAGUUGCCUCAAGUGUGCCUUGGUGCUGAUACAAAACAAAAUGCAACACUAAAAAUGUGCAUUGGAAUACAAUUUAUCACUUACAUGCACUUGGUCUUUAAUGCAUCUUUAUAAUAACAGCACUUGCCAGUAGUCAACACCAGCAAGCAUUGCCUUAAGAGUACAUUACUAAAACCUGUGUGAUUGUGGUAAAGUCUGUAAAAUUGUAUUAAUCUAAUAUUAGGCUUUUGCACUUCCUUCAGAGGUUAUGGUGUUAAGGCCCAUCUUCUGCCAUUGCUGUGUUGCAUUUUUAAAAUAUUCUAGAAACCUUUAUGAAAAAAAACAAGGAUUUAUUGUUUGCAUUGUCACAUUUAUGUCUCGAUUCACUUUUUUUACUUUUAAAACUUUUUAAUAUGACGUCAGAGUGUGUUUGGCGCUCUUAAUUGUUCCCUUAACAUCUGGUUUAAAUUUUAUUACAUGGUAUAUUAUUAAUAUACCAACUAAUAGUUGGUACAUAGUAGUUUCAUGCAAAUUUAAUAAAGUUUUAAAGUUGUGUUCUAA